CAUGCUGCCGUCAUGGACUUGCUGUGGAACUGUGCUGCCCAACUUACCGCCCAAUCUCACACGGAACGGAUUCUAAAGUCUUAUUACAUAACCACAUGUCGAAAGCUGGCACGGCACAAUGUCCAACUGCCCGAGGACAGCUUUGGAUCGGCACGGAUGUGCUCCCGCUGUGGGAACCAAUGGGCCGACGGUCGAUAUCAGCUCCACCUGCAACCCCAGAGGCUGAAGCAAAGCGCCAAGAACCGAAGGCUCGUGGCCCAGCUGGAAAGAGUGCAAGCCAAACAAAUAAAGGGCGAGAUGAGCAGCGGGGCUAGGAAACGGGCCAAGUGGCUGAAAAAGCGCAUGGCCAGUCAAAUGGCAGUCGCCUGCGAUGUUUGCCAGCACAAGACAAUGCUGCCCCUGGAGAAGGGUCGGAAGCGGGCCAAACUUAAAGCCAAGGAGGAAACAAUAGCAACUAUUCAGCCGACAACAGCAGCAGCAACAGCAACAGCCCACAACAAAAAGAAGACCAAGAAGAUGAAGAAGACACUGGUCCAAAAUACAGAUAUCAAUGCAGGCCUGAAGAUUCCUCAGCAGCAGCAAAAAACCGCCCAGCAGCCAUCCAAAAAACCUUCCCAACCGGCUGGAGGAGCUUCGCAGAAUACAAGUCAGACGCCGGGCAAGAAGAAAAAGAAAGCAGCCAAGCCGUCGGCGCCCCCCGUUCAAAAGCCUCAGUCAAAGACGAAAAAACAAAACGCACUGCUGCAACUCGCCGCCCAGCUGAAGUCGCACGCGUUUAAAGACGCCAGCAAGUCGCAGGAAAACCGCCUGCAAGCGUUCCUCAAGUAGCGUAUAAAGUCGCGCCGUCAAUGCAUUUAAGUACAAAGAUUGUGGUUUAGUUGAAUGAAAAUACUUGUUAUGGCACAUAA